GUGCUGGUGAAGGCGGGCGGACGUCACGUGAACACCGAGCUCAACGCUUAUCAUGUGACGAGUGAAAGUCAAAACUGGAACAAAAUGGCUGCAACGGGCGACGACGCCGCAGCCAUGGACAGCAUCUCCAGGGCACCAGCGGCUCAUUUAGCGGCUCUGAACGCGGCGGCGAACGCGGCUGUAAGCUCAGGCAGUCCCACAGUCGGCCCGGAGACUGCGGCUGAAAGCCCGGUGGUUGUUCCCAAAAAGCCCAGUACGAACAGUGAUGGGGGUGUCGAGACGGCAGAGGAGGCUUUGGAGCCUGCAGAGCCUGAUAUCAAUGAGCUGUGCACUGAUAUGUUUGAAAAGAUGGCCAUCUUCCUGCAAGGAGAACUAACGGGAACUUGUGAGGAUUACCGUCUGUUGGAGAACAUGAACAAGCUCACCAGUCUGAAGUACAUGGAAAUGAAGGACAUCAGCAUCAACAUCAGCCGUAACCUGCAGGACCUCAACAACAAAUAUGCAAGCUUACAGCCCUACUUGGACCAGAUAAAUCAGAUUGAGGAGCAAGUGUCUUCACUUGAACAAGCUGCUUACAAACUGGACGCAUACUCCAAAAAACUGGAGGCCAGAUUCAAAAAACUUGAGAAGCGAUGAGAGGGGAAGAAAAAAAGAAAAAAAAGAGACUUAAAUAUGAUGGUGCCUUCUCACCUUCUGUAACCCCGGCUCGCCGCCUUCUCUCCCUGCUAGCGGAGCCAAGAGCUGCAGGGAGGACGUGAACUAAGACUGAAACAACAAACAGUCCGAGCCACUUUGACACAUAGAGCGGACCCAGGAGGAAACAGCUGAAGGCACAUGAAUUAGUACUGCGGUGCUUGGCUUAGAUCUAACUCCAGUAUCCCUGAUUUUGGCAGCAGUUGUGCUGCCAAGAUGAACGAGCGUGUGUGGCGUGUACCCACAUUCAUUUGCAGAUACACUUUGUUGAAAAAUAUCUGCUGUAUUACUAAAAUAUGUAAAUUGAGUGGUGGAAUCAGAAUAUAAUAGACUACUACUAGACAUAAAGAAACAUAACAGAUUGGUAGAGACUCGUGACUGGAUAUAACAAGACUUUUUGUCAUGUGUAUGUAGAUAUUUACAUAAUGAAGCAUGCUUAUAGAUUCCAGUUCCAGCCUUAGUCUGAGCAUUUCUGGCAACCAACCUCUUGACACAUAAGAUUCCCACUUAAUGGUCUGCCAUUUCCAUUAAGCCCCUUUGUUUUUACACAUGUAGUUGUCUGGACAGUGCACACUGGUGCUCAUUGAAUAAAGUAUAAUCUAAUCUAAUAAAUUAAUGCACCCAUACUAAAGUUGACUAAAAAGAGGAAUACAAAUAAUCUUUUGGAAAUUGAUCUUAAUGCCUUUUUAUUUAAAAAAAAAAAAAAAAA